UUCCCCCCAAAUGGAGAGGAGAGAGAGUGAAAGAAGAGAGAGAGAGCAAUAUCUGAGAGACUGAACCUUAACCUAUUUCCAUUGCGGUGGCGCGUGCGUGAAAUGGGCCAGACAUCGUCGUCUACGGCGGAGCCGAACGGCCGGGACGUGGAUCUGCGGCUAUGGUCUUCGGGGAUCUUUGCCGGAGAAUCUUUCAAUUUGGGGGAUGGUGGUGGAGCUCGCGAUUUCACCGGGGAUCUGCCUGAUGAGUGUUUGGCUCAUGUUUUCCAUUUCCUCGGCGCUGGCGACCGAAAGCGGUGCUCCCUAGUCUGCAAGCGUUGGCUCCGCGUCGACGGAGAGAAUCGUCACCGUCUCUCUCUGGACGCACGGCCGGAGAUGCUGCCGUUUCUGCCGGCGAUGUUCACGCGCUUCGAUUCCGUCACGAAGCUUGUCCUCCGAUGUGAUCGGAAGUCCGUUAGUCUCAACGACCAGGGACUGGCGAUGAUCUCGGUCCGCUGUUCGAAUUUGAUACGUGUCAAGAUCCGCGGUUGUCGCGAGAUCACAGAUCUGGGAAUGGAGGCUUUUGCUAAGAAUUGCAAGAAAUUGAAGAAGUUAUCGUGUGGUUCCUGCAAUUUCGGCGCAAAAGGCUUGAACGCGGUGCUCGAACAUUGCAGGCUUCUGGAGGAUUUGUCGGUGAAUCGUCUCAGAGGAAUACAUGAAUCUGCCGAACAAGUUCAGCUACGUUCGUCUUCUGUGCUCAGGAUUUGCUUGAAGGAGCUCGUUAACGGUCAGGUUUUCGAACCUUUGGUUGCUGGAUCAAAAACCCUUAAAACGUUGAAAAUUAUUAGAUGUCUGGGUGAUUGGGAUAAAGUUCUUCAAAUGAUUGGAGAUGGAAACAGUUCCCUGUCCGAAAUUCACCUUGAGAGGCUCCAAGUCAGUGAUGUGGGACUUUCAGCCAUAUCUAAAUGUUCAAAUGUUGAAAGUUUGCAUAUAGUGAAAACCCCGGAGUGCUCAAAUACAGGGCUGAUUAGUAUUGCGGAGAAGUGCAAGAAACUAAGAAAGCUUCACGUUGAUGGAUGGAGGACUAAUAGAAUCGGUGAUGAGGGUUUGAUGGCCGUAGCUCAACAUUGUCUUAGCUUACAAGAGCUUGUUCUUAUUGGUGUGAAUGCAACUCACACGAGCCUGGCAGCCAUUGCUUCCAAAUGUUCAAAACUCGAACGUUUGGCUCUAUGCGGAAGUGGAACCAUAGGCGAUGCUGAGAUUGCGUGCAUUGCCAACAAGUGCGAGGCGUUGAGGAAAUUCUGUAUAAAGGGGUGUCCGAUUUCGGAUGUGGGGAUCGAGGCACUCGCCGUGGGUUGCCCGAAUCUAGUGAAACUUAAGGUGAAGAAAUGUCGGGUGGUGACUGGUGAGGUCGGGGAAUGGCUGCGUGAAAGAAGGAGGUCUCUGGUGGUGAGUAUGGAUGGUGAUGACACCCUUGAUUCUAACAGUGGUGAUGGUGGAGUUCUUGAGACAGCGGUUGAGGAAUCCGACCCUCCUGCAGCUGAAGGUGCUGUUGCAGAAGCUUCGGGUUCGGGUAAUAACGUCAAUAAUGGCAGUAGAUUAGCAAUGAUUAGGACAAAGUUAGGGUUUCUGGCUGGUAGGAACUUGGUAGCUUGCACAUUCAGGAGAUGGUCUAACCAUGGUGAUGACGUUUCUUCUGGACAGCUUUGAAUGAUAUUUGUCCAUCCCAAAACCUAAGCGUAUGGGCUCCCUCUAUAUCUUUGCUUCUCUUUUUUUGUUCUGAUAUCCUUUCUUAGCAUGUGUGAAGACUUCUCCCGUCAGAUAAAAUAAAUACGCAAGUAAAUCUAUAUAUGUAUGUGUGUGUAUAUAUAUUUGCCAUUUCAGAUUGAAGUUUCCCUUCUAUUCGGUUGCUCGAUUUAA